AUGCGAGUCCAGCCGACGGUGUCCGCCAACCCACGUGGUCGAUGGCAUUGGUCGUCGCUGCUGCUCGGUGGUCUCUGGCUCAGCGCCACGCUGGCUGCAAGUGUCUGCUACCUACGGCUGCUGCAGCCGCCGCUCGCCAACGACCUUCUUUGGCCGUACUACAACGCAUCUGGGUACCAAACCUUCCUCAUCGAUCUACUGAAUACGCUAUUGGAGACGACGCCGGAUACCUCCUCAGUCGACUUGCAGUCUGUGGCGCUCGAGGGACACUACGACAGUCUCUUGACCAGCGCUAUUGUGCACCCGACGUACGCGAUGGCGCUGCUCACGACCAAGCUCACAGCGCUCGAGUUUGCCAUCACUAGUCUGCGCAACUUGUCGGAGAAUGCCCAGCUGUUUCAACUGCCAACGCAGUACUGCUGGGUCGACUUUAACCAAUCGUUCGAGCUCGCCCACACGGACGCUCGUCAAGCGCGCUGUCAUCGUCAGUACGCUGCAAAUGGCGCAGUGUACCUCGAGUCUCUCUUGCGCAACACCAACUGGAAAGCGGCUGUCGCAGCAUCUGCGAUCUCGACCAAUUUCUGGUUUGCCAUUGAGAGCGGCCUCGAAGCCUCAGCGAUGGGCGCUCGCUGGCUCGACGCUGUCGCUGCCGUGACCACCUCGGUACAGGACGAAGCCACUGUCUGGCGAUCGCAUGGUAUUGACAGCUAUUCGUAUCAGUGGCAAAACAUCAAGCGGCCGGGACUCGUCGAGACGGCGACGCUGGUCAAUGCUCUUGGCCUCCAGACUUCAGUUGUGCUCAAGAGUGUUGUCAGAACCAAUGGGCCGUGGGUGAUGUCGCUCUUCAGUCCCUCACUUCUCGAUGAUAUUCGCCUUGUCAGUGGCUGCAACGCGAGUCUUCUUCGUGGCGCGCCACACUACGUCCUCAACACAUUGUGCGACGGCCGCGUACCCGUCUCGUUCGAGUCGUUUCUCGAGUCGCUUCUCCAAAUGAGUCCGUUCUUCCGCCCGAUUGGUAUGAUUCGCGACGCCCUUGGGCCACUCCUUUCAAGCGAUCUCCACGUCGUGCCCAUACCAGAGUCUCUCGUUUCUCUGAGAGCCGACCGCGUCACCGCGCUGUACGGCGCCUGGAACGCAUCGACCGCAGACAUGUACUCGACUCUCGAAACGGACUUGCGCGUGACGCUAGUGCCGCCCGCGUGGUCGACGGACCUCGUAUUUUACGGCGGGAGUCCUUUUUGCCUGUAUGGCGCACCACAGACGUAUGUGCAACCGCCGUUUACAUCGACCGACGACUGCUCCACGCAGUCCGAAUGGACGGUGGCGAUACCGCGGCCAUCUCUUGUCAUCGCGAUGUCUUUGGUCCACGACUCGAUCGACGCGAUUUGCGCGCAGCAGUCGCGCCGAGUCUGUCCCGAGACGCUACUCGCCGCGCAAAAGCUCUUGCCGCACCGACAGAUCGACCCGGUUUUGCUUCAGAACGCAACCACAGCCGUGGCGUCGCUCAACAUUAGUCUUAUGCAGUUUGCCUCGGAUCCAGCUCAAACCGACGUUCGAAUGCUAGUCCAGCCACUACUCGAGCCACCUUUCACCUUUUACGGAUGGGUGCUUCUCUUGGAUUGGGUCGCUGGCGUUCGUGAAGUCGUCUCGUAUGAAGGCGACAACGGAACGCUUGUCUUGAUCUCGGACGCCUACGACAUAUCGUCGACAACUCCCAACAGCGCGACGCUCGGGACGUCGUCGAUUGGGCUCUACUACCUCAUCUUGUACUCGGCCUGUGUGCUUGGCGCGCUUGCCAUCUCCACGCUCGUCGCGUCGUUGGUCUUGCGGCACGGUGUCUUGGGCAGCAACUUCUGGGUCUUCAACCGUGUCGCUGGCUCGACGUGGCUCGGGCGGCCAUUGCUUUUGCUGCGCGGAAGCAGUGCGAUCGUGCUUCUGAGCUCGGCACCCAUUGGCCUCUUACAGCCUUUCAAUGUGUUUGCUCAGUUGGCGCUGCCACGACGUCCGAUCUGGGAGACGUGCGUCAUUGCGUGGGAGGCGACGUGGGUGAGCUACGUGGUUCACGAGCUGCUGCUGCCGCUGCGGCCACAACAGGCUCGGAUUUUGGGGACAUUCGGCACGUCGUUGACGUGGCUAUCUACGGUGCUCAUGGACGUUGGCUGGCCCAUCUCGGUGACAGCGACUGUCAACCGAGAGUGUGUCAUCGUCGAGGCGUACGACAUCAUGCGCUGCGCAAGCGUCGUCAUAGAGACAGGUGACGGACAGCGGCUGCUGCUUUUGAGUGUGCUUCAGAUUCUUCUUUUGCCAUGUCUCUGGCUCUGGAAUGGCCUUGGCUGUGGACGUCGUGAAGCCAGAUCCCAGUACACAGAUGCGAGACUCUCUCUUGUGGGUCAAGUCUUUUUCACUCCGCGUCCUCAGCUCGAUACGAUUGAGCAACUGGCAUCAGGUCUUAUCCCUCUUCGUCGGUCAUCGUCGUUUGACCUCAAGCUCUGGCGCCUCCUCGAUACAUCUCCGACGGCGGAAAUGGUCGGAACAAUCGGACGGAAGCCAGCACACAAAAAGUCAAAUCGAUGGGUUCCGCGGGCAUGGGUUGUGGCGGGCACGAUAUACGUGGCUGCCGCUAUCUACAGCAGUGUCUCGUACCUCGGACUUACCCAAGGGAUCUUGACCAACGACUUGAUCUGGCCCACCUUCAACAUGACGGGGUCACACAGCUUUCUCGCCAACUGGUUCAACGAGCCGUUGCGUAUGCUCGGCGCAGUUGGGUCGCCGAUAGCACUCACCAACACCAACAGCAUCAACGCUCUCGAGCUGUUCAACCUGUCGCAAGCGUCCGUCGCCUUUCCCAUCCAGCAAGGCGCCAGAGUCCAGUACUCCACCCUAACCACUCUUCACGACGCGAUCUCGAGCCUCCGUACUUUGGAUGGCUGUGACGGUCCGUGGGUCUUUACGCAGUAUUGCUACCUCGACUUUGAUCAAAAAUGGGAAAUGGCCAACUCGGCCAAGCGCCAAGAGCGAUGCAAGUCGAUGGUCAACAACGGCGCCGUCUUUCUCGCUUCUCUGCUUCGGAAUCUCGAAAUCUCAACGUGCUGGAGCGAAGAAUUUGAGAUUGGGUUUGGCUCCGAGUUGCGUGAAUCUACGGCAGGACAAGCUUUGUUGGCUUCAUUUACGCCUCCGUACCUCUCGAUCGACGACGAAGUGUCUUAUUGGACAUCAAAGAAUAUCUCGUCGUACGUGCUGCAGUGGCAAAACUACAAGUCGAUCGGUCUUCUCCACUCGUACAAUAUUUUCAAUGCGUAUGGCGUCGUGUAUCCCUUCUUGCUGCAGUCCACCGCGGGUUACUAUCGUAAGGAGAGCCAGACAUCGUUCAAAAUGUACUGGUCGCUCGCCAACGAUCUCGGCAGUCUCCUCAAAAACACAUCGACCAUGGGUGGCAAGAGUCUCCUCCGCAAAGACGCCAACGCUUCAAUCGAACUCUACCAUCUUCCAGUGCUCGACCCAUCAGACCCAGCAUUUGACUACUUUGCGUGGCUCUUCUUGUAUGAUUGGGCCAUCGGCAACCGAGAAGUCAUCUCGUUCCAUGGCGACCUCAACACCCUAACCCUCAUGGGCGACACCUUGCCUCAGUUAUCACAACCUGUUGACGCGGCGCAGCUGCCAACUGGCUUUGCUCUCUACAUGUUGCAGGCCAUCCGAUACAUCACUUGCGUCUUGAUCAUGCUCGCUGCCGUGACGUUUGUGUAUAUUCUUCUGGCCCGUGGCCACGUCGAGGGUCUCAACAUGUUUGAAAUGAGUCGCGUCGGCGGCAUUGUCUGGGUCGGUCGACCAUUGGUCGUGGUCCGGAGUAUCACGGCUCUCUGUCUUCUCUCGACCGCCUCGAUUGAGCUCCAAACUGACGGUGUCUUCAGCUACUUUGUCACGACACCCGUCCCGCUCUGGACGACGUGCCUCGCAGCGAAUGAAGUCACGUGGCUUGUUGGCAUCGUCAACGACAUCUCGCUCGUCUGGACGCAAGACCACACGAUCGCGUACGCCACCAUCAACAGUCUGCUCAUGUGGCUCAUCUCGGCGCUGCUGGCGACACUGGCGCCGGUCCAGGCCACCAUCACAGUAUCUCCAGUUUGUGAGAUUGCUACAUUGGACUACCAAGUGGUGUGUGUGGCAGGCAGUGUCGUGAUUGGUUCACUACAACGACUUUUGACGCUGGUGGGUCUGGUGCUAGUCUGCAACGGCGUCUGCUUUGGUCUGGUGCGCUGUCUCUGGAAGCGGCCGCAACCACUUCAGAGCUCGUCGAUGCUGCUCUGUGGCGGGGCCAAGUACCUCUUUAGUCACGACGGCUGGCUGGACGAGGAUGGAACGUACUUUUUGGACCGCGCGUCGGCCGUUCUCAAUGGGCUACUGAGUGUCCGGUAUCAAAAUCGGUGGAUCGUCUUUGACGUCAAGACGUGGUGCGUCCACAAGCUUGAGGUCGCGAGCGAUCGUCGGGUGCGAACUUGCGAAGACAUUGUUGUCUCUGGUCGUCGCUUUCGCUAUACCCUUCCGCUACGAGAUUGACGCAGCGCUUCUGGGUCGUCUCAUUGAGACGUUACGGAUAGCGGUUUACAGUCCUGGCUUUUUGCACAAAUUUUCACAAUGCCAAGGCCAUCAUUUGACUUUGAUAUCACUUGCUCUAUUGUUAAUGGAAUAG